UAGCCAGCAAGACACCACCGCACGGACCACCCCCGCACUCCUCCUGCACACCACCUCACCUCACCUCGCGCCGGCGGCGAGGAGCGAGCAAGGACUACGGCGCGUGCUCCAGCACUCGCUGGUACACCAAUAAUCGAGCGCGCGAGAGAGGACAGAGGCCGGCACUCAGGACGGCACGCCCGGUAAAGAACUAGCGCCAAACAGCCGCAGCCAAACUGACACACAGCACCUCAGUCGCGCCUCCGAUACGCUUGGCCACCAUGAGCACCGACGCGGCCGCCGCCGUCCCGGUCGCCGUGGCGCCGGCGAAGCGCGCGCCCAUCAACAAGUAUGCCUUCGCCUGCGCCCUGCUCGCCUCCAUGAACUCCGUCCUCCUCGGCUACGACAUCUCGGUGAUGAGCGGCGCGCAGCUGUUCAUGAAGGAGGACCUCAAGAUCACGGACACGCAGAUCGAGAUCCUGGCGGGGGUCAUCAACAUCUACUCGCUCUUCGGCUCGCUCGCCGCCGGCUUCACCUCCGAUUGGCUCGGCCGCCGCUACACCAUGGUGCUCGCGGCCGCCAUCUUCUUCACGGGCGCGCUCCUCAUGGGCCUCGCCCCGGACUACGCGCUCCUCAUGGCCGGCCGCUUCGUCGCCGGCAUCGGCGUCGGCUUCGCGCUCAUGAUCGCGCCCGUCUACACCGCCGAGGUCGCGCCCACCUCUGCGCGCGGGUUCCUCACCUCCUUCCCGGAGGUGUUCAACAACUUCGGCAUCCUCCUCGGCUACGUCUCCAACUUCGCUUUCGCGCGCCUCCCCGUCCACCUCAGCUGGCGCGCCAUGUUCCUGGUCGGCGCCGUGCCGCCCGUCUUCCUGGGCGUCGCCGUCCUCGCCAUGCCGGAGUCGCCCCGGUGGCUCGUCAUGCGAGGCCGCAUCGACGAAGCGCGCCGCGUCCUGCAGAGGACCUCCGACUCGCCCGCCGAGGCCGAGGAGCGCCUGCUCGAUAUCAAGAAGGUGGUCGGCAUCCCCGAGGGCGUGUCGGACGCCGACGACGUGGCCGCCAUCGUCCGCGCCAGCAACAAGAGCUCUCGCAGCGACGGGGUGUGGAAGGAGCUGCUCAUCAACCCGUCCCGCCCCGUGCGCCGCAUGCUCGUGGCCGGGCUCGGGCUCAUGUUCAUCCAGCAGGCCACGGGCGUGGACUGCGUGGUGAUGUACAGCCCGCGGGUGUUCGAGCGGGCGGGCAUCAAGUCCAAGACCAACUCGCUGGGCGCGUCCAUGGCGGUGGGCGCGUGCAAGACCUUCUUCAUCCCCAUCUCGACGCUGCUCCUCGACCGCAUCGGGCGGCGGCCGCUGCUCCUGGCGAGCGGCGGCGGGAUGGCCAUCUUCCUGUUCACGCUGGCCACGUCCCUGCACAUGAUGGACCGGCGCCCCGAGGGGGAGGCGGCGGCGCUGGGCGCGGUGAGCAUCGCGGCGAUGCUGUCGUUCGUGGCGUCGUUCGCGUCCGGGCUGGGUCCCGUCGCGUGGGUGUACUGCUCGGAGAUCUACCCGCUGCGGCUGCGCGCGCAGGCCGCCGCCAUCGGCACGGGGCUGAACCGGAUCAUGAGCGGGGCCACCACCAUGUCCUUCCUCUCCCUCUCCGACGCCAUCACCAUCGCGGGGAGCUUCUACCUCUACGCCUGCGUCGCGGCGGCCGGGUGGGUGUUCAUGUACUUCUUCCUGCCGGAGACGAUGGGCAAGAGCCUGGAGGACACCGUGAAGCUCUUCGGCAAGGACGCGGACGACGAGGACGCCGCCGCCGUGGCCGCACGCCAUGAGCGCAGAAAGUCAUCCACCGAGCUCAGUGCUCAGUAAAGCGCCGCCACUGCAUGCGCCACGUGUCCGUACACACAUGUCGUCCCGAGUGUGGCCGAAGCUGUCCCGUACAGCUUCGAUGAUACAUAUAUUUUUUUUGUCUUUGCUGUGGUGAAUCUUUUAGAAUCGUGCGCGCUUUGUUUGAACACCGUAGAUUUUUGCUGAUCUCGUGCGCGCAUGUAGCAGGGGUCAUUGGCAUUGCAUGGGCAGAGAAAAAAAAAAUAGCACCUGAUAUUUCCACGUGUAAAAACAUCUGCUUCGUGCCGAAUUACUGACGACCAGUGUACCUACUCUGCUGUACAUGCCGUGUAAAAAUAUCUUCGCGUCAUUUGUGUCAUUGGUUGUUGAAAGUUGAAACCAUCUUC